AUGGCUAUGCAGGCACAACAGGUUGCCCCGCAGGUCAACCCGCACCAAUCCAUUGCUUCAAAUGUUCACAACAUCCAGUACAUCACUUUUAACAGACCUCAGCGUCAUAACCGUGACAUCCAAUCAGCUCCCAACCACAAUGUCCAUCCCAGCAACGCCCAGGCUCAUAACGCUACCCGGAACUAUCAGCAGCCACCUCACCACACACAAAUUUAUCGACAGCAGAAUAAUCGCCUCUACGACCCUUAUACCAAUUCACAAGUUGACUAUAACGUUAACAUGCGCACCGAUCGUCGUGUCAACGCACACAACCCCCAAGUUUUCUAUCCUCGCGUUAACGCCUACAAUCAAGGCAAUGAACACCACUAUCAUCGUCGCCGACGAUUUUAUUAA